CAACGGAUCGUCAAUAUUAUUCAGCCUCCAUCUCCACAAUAUUCUCCAGUUUCCACGCGUCCUUAUCCUCCACAGUCCAAUCGCCCGCUGCCUCAAGGCGACCUCGUAACGUCACCACAACCACCGCCUUCAGCCAUUUGUAUUGUAGAGUACAGCACUCGCCAUGGUGACCCUCCGCGCGCCGUCUUCGCUCACCGCGACCGAACCCUCUGCUUCAAUCUCACCGCCCCAGUUGUCGUGGCUGUCAGGCUCGUGGAAUGUAACGCACUCCACGCUACCCAUGUGGAAAAAGAACCGCAAUGUCCGCAUCACAUACACGCCUGUUGCAUCCAGCACACCACCGCAGAUUGAUGAUGUGGUCACAUACCAGGGUCUGAAUUCGGAUGCGCUCAAGACGGUGCAUGGCCUCGAUAAGCCCUUUGAUGUGCCCAACACCGCACCGCCAGCUGGUGCAGAAGGAGGAGCAGGCGACGUUGCUAGUCUGGGGUACAACUGGCGUGGCAAGGGAUGGCUGGUAAUUGCGACAAGCAAAUGGGAGAUACUAGGUUACAGCGACGAACAAGGCACCGGCAACAGCUGGGUCGUUACCUACUUUGCCAAGACUUUGUUUACGCCUGCAGGUAUAGACUUUUACUCGCGGAAGGGCAGCCUGGCGCCCCAAACAAUCGACGAUAUCAAGGCCGCGCUCGUUGGGCUUGGGGGUGAUGUUGCCAAAUUGGCAGGACAAAUAUUCCAGGUCAGAAUGGAUGAAGACACAAAUGCCUAGGCUCACUGUAAAGGGGAACUGAGAUACACACGUUCAAGGAUGGAGCUAGAUACCCAGGCAUAGAGCCUCUACCCGAAACUUUACUAAUAUAAUCCAUCCAUCUACAUCAAACCACUUCAG